UCAUCAACAACGAUCAACUACUUUCAAGUUCUUGUUACUUAACUAGGUACUUAAUCAACAAUUACAGCUCUCCCGGGAUGUCAUCUCCUCAGAACCCACCUCAACCGCCAGCCAUAAACUACGUCGCCGGUUUCUUACUUGUCGGAAUUGCUUGGGGACUCACCACGCCGUUUAUCCGGCGCGCAGCUCGAGAUCACAACCCACCAGCUCAUCUGUCACUUGAAAGGGAUGAUGUGAAAGCGAGUUGGCUUAAGAGCAAAGUUUACGGUGCUUUUUUCGCCGUAAUUGAUUUGCUACGGAAUCCGAGAUAUGCUAUCCCAUUGUUGAUCAACUUGACGGGAAGUGUUUGGUUCUUCCUGCUCAUAGGCCAAGCUGAACUCAGCUUGACCGUGCCUAUUGUCAACACGCUUGCGUUCUUAUUCACAGUACUUGGCGAUUGGUGGGUUGAUAAGAAAGUCAUAAGUAGAAAUACCUGGAUUGGAAUGAUCUUAUCUAUAUGCGGGAUUGCGUUAUGUGUUCAAAGUAAAUCUUGAUGAACAAUAUCCACUUUCUACACAUUUUCUGCCGAAGCCAUGAACAUUUUAAUCAUUUUGAUGAGAUAUCUGAGUGAUGCUGUUCGGAGCGCCGGUGGUUCCGGGGGUUGACUCGGACGUAGCCAGACCGGCCGAGCCGAUAUGGUAGAAAACCCCUACGUAGCCUCGGGGCUAAGAUACAAAAGAUGACUUCCGAACCAAUCAUCCAUGGGCGACCUUCAAGAAGCCUAUUGUGAGUCGAUGGAACCUGGUUUGAUGUGUUUCAUUAAACUAUUCGGUAUUGCGCCCGUAGGAAUAGAUGUACGGUGUGUUAUUAUUCAGUUAUAUUUGCCUAGCGGUGAGGAAUGGGCUCGAACUAAUGUGUAUGAUUUAUGUUUGCCCGAUGGAUGGAUGGAUGGGAUUGAAUAGAAUGAGAUCAUCGGCAUAUGUCGAGUACAAAGGCUGCAACACUGAGAGGCACACAAAUUUAUCCGGUUUAAACCUUUGGAGCAACUCAUACGUAUUUACAUAACGUAUGGGAACUUGUAAGGGAUCCUUUGCAUGCAGCUUAAUUACAUACAGCCUCGAUAGGUACCUAGUAUUAAAUCGAUUAGAUAAUUUAA